AUGGGGCUGGCACAAAGGAGCUUGCCACUGGGCUGCAUGGCUGUCAUCUUGGUUCUAGAGAUGGCCAUGGCAGAGCACCCUAUCUGGAUGCUGAAUGACAAGGCCCAGGUGUUUGCAGACCUGAGCGCCCAGGAGAUAGAAGCUGUGCACGGCUUCCUGAUGCGCAGGCCGGAGCUGGAGCUGCAGCCAUCAGGCACACAGGCCUUAGACAAGAACUCUGUGUUCCUCAUUGAAGCGCUGCUGCCCAAGAAGAAGGAUGUCCUAGAGUUUCUGGAUGAAGGAACAAAACUUCCAGUGCGGGAAGCCCGUGUCGUCAUUUUCUUCAGUGCCCAAGAGCACCCCAAUGUCACCGAGUUUGCUGUGGGGCCCCUGCCACAGCCCAUCUACUUGAGAGAGCUGUCCCCUAGGCCAGCAAAACAUAGAGCCUGGGCAUCUAGACCCAUGUCCAAAGUAGAGGAAAGCCUUCUCUACCGCAAAAUCAAGAAUGCCACCACACCCUUAGAAAAGUUUUUCCUGGACACCACCGGCUUCUCACUAGAGGACUGCAAUGGGCAGUGCCUGACCUUCACCCAUGUGGCCCCCCACAGUGUGGAGUCUAGACAUCGGGCCACCUGGUUUCUCUUGCAGCGCAUUGUGAAAAACCAACUGCAGCCGACGGGGUUGGAGAUCCUCGUGGAUCACGGGAGCACAGAUGUCCAGGAUUGGAGAGUGGCACAGGUCUGGUAUAAUGACAAGCUCUAUAGCAGCCCAGAAGAACUGGCUCAGAAAUAUGCAGAUGGAGAAGUAGACACAGUGGUUCUCAAGGACCCAUUGCCUGAGAACAUAGAGCAGCCACAGAUCUUUAACACGCCUAGUGGGGAAUUCCCACUGCCCCUCAGCAAGUCUGGCCCCCAUGUGGGAGAAGGCGAUGGUCCCAGCUAUAGCCUAGAGGGCAACACUGUCACCUACAAAGGCUGGAGCUUCUCUUUCCAGCUUCGACCCUCGUCUGGGCUGCAGCUACUGAAUGUGCGCUUCAGGAAUGAGCCUAUAGCCUAUGAGGUCAGCGUGCAGACAGCUAUGGCUGUGCAUAGAGAAAGCACACCUGCAGGAGAUCUGAACAAGACCAUGGAUCUAGGCUGGAGCAUGGGCAGUGUGACUCAUGAAUUAGUCCCUGGCAUCAACUGCCCAGAGACAGCCACCUUCCUAGAUGCCAUCCACUACUAUGACAGUGAUGGACCUGUCCGUUAUCCACGAGCCCUCUGCAUCUUUGAGAUCCCCACAGGGAUGCCUGUGGGGCCCGUCUUUAACUCUGACUUUCCAGGCAAAAUCAACUUCUUUUCGGAUAUGAUGGGACACAAGCUGGUGCUACGGGCAACCUCAGCCAUCUACAAUUUUGAUUACAUCUGGGACUUCAUCUUCUAUACUAACGGCAUGAUCUUAGCCAAGAUGCAUGCCACAGGCUAUACCCACACCACCAUAUACACCCCUGAGGGGUUGGGCAAAGCUCAUCUGCUAACUCACCACCUUGUCAACAGUCACACCCACCUUGUGCACUACCGUGUUGACCUGGAUGUGGCAGGAACCAACAACAGCUUCCACACACAGCAGACCAAGCAGAAAAACACCACCAGCCGACACCACCUGGUCCAAGGCACAUCAUUGAAGACGCAGUACUCCCAGGAGCGCCAGGCCACCUUCCCCUUUGGACAGACUCUGCCUCCAUUCCUGCUCUUUAGCAGCCCCAAAAAGGAUGUCUUGGGACGCAGGCGCGGCUACCGCCUACGGAUCUACUCCACAUCUCAGCAGAAGCUGAGCCCUGAAUCCCAGGAGGACUUAGCUUUCACCUGGGCCAGGUACUCCCUGGCGGUGACCAAAUAUUGGGAGUCUGAACGGUGCAGCACCAGCAUCUACAAUCAGAACCACCCUUGGGAUCCCCCCGUGGUCUUUGAGGAUUUCCUUCAGAAUGAUGAGCGUAUUGAAGACCAGGACUUGGUGGCCUGGGUGACAGUGGGAUUCUCUCAUGAGCCCCAUUCUGAAACUGUCCCCAGGAUGGCAGCAGCUAGGAGCUUUGUAGGCUUCUCACUCCAGCCUUUCAACUUCUUCUAUACCACUGGAAGACAGCUAGAUACAACUGCCAAAGAUACAUCAAACACUAAGCCACUGGGGACAAGGUCUGCCUGA